ACGAUCUGUCACGAUCGCGAGGACACAUGGCUCCGAUCGCGUUCGAUCGGAUUUCGGCCGUCUCACAAAUCACACUCCACUGGUGUGAGCUGUAGUGUGCUACACAGCUGGUGGGAGCGAGAGGGUGAGUUGUAGAUGAUGUUAGCCGCUUAGAAGUAGAAGCAGUUUUCCCUCCCCACCUGAGAGGUUAGCUUCGUGCCAGCUGUUAGACGGCAUUAGACGAAUACGGUUGGGUGGAUUAGUUGCUUUUCGUUUUUCGCAGUGGAUGGUUGGUGGGUUUAGCUGGCUGGAGAAGUGAGAUUUUUAAUCCUCGGAGCGCUUGGAACCGUCUAAGCAUCGAUGAGAGUUGUGUGCAGCCACGAGUUGCUUAAAGCUUGCAAGGACAUUUGGAUACUAUCGCUUCGCUAGAGUAGCAACAAGAUGGUACGACGAACGGUUGGCACGCGCCUGCCAGUGCUGAUGGCGUUUUUGCUGACGGCUUCUCCUCCCACCGACGCGCAACAGUUCCCCGUCUUCGAGACGCUGUUCGAUGAGGUGAGCUUGCUGGUGCGCACCGGCCCGAACGCUUCCGUGCCAAUACCGGAGGCGAAGCGGAUCCGCGACGAGUACGAUUUCGUCGUGAUUGGGGCCGGCUCGGGCGGUUCGGUGAUGGCCAACCGGUUAAGCGAAGUGCGCGACUGGAGCGUCCUGCUGCUCGAGGUGGGCAAGGAGGAGAACCUGAUCUCGAACGUUCCCCUCACCGCUGGACUCACAACGGCCACGGGUUACAGCUGGGGCUACCGGUCCGAUCCGAUGCGCAAUGCUUGCCGAGGGCUAGAGCAGGGCGUCUGUUACUGGCCGAAAGGGCGUGGGUUAGGUGGGACGAGCCUCAUAAACUUCCUGCUGUACGGUCGCGGUCACCAGCGCGACUACGACGAUUGGGAGCGGGCGGGCAACUACGGCUGGGGCUACCGGGACGUCCGGAGGUACUUCGAGAAGGCGGAGCAGAUCAAGGGCCAGCCGUACAACCCGCACGGCUAUCUGCACAUCGAGGAAAGCUCGUUCGAAACGCCAAUGCUGGGCAGGUACAUCGAGGCCGGCAAGCGGUUCGGCUACCGGCACAUCGAUCCGAACGAUCCGGUCCAGCUCGGGUUCUACAAGGCGCAGGCCACGAUGGUGAACGGAGAGCGAUGCAGUGCGGCCCGGGCCUACCUCAAACCGGUCGCUGAUCGGCCCAACCUGGACAUAUCGACCCGCUCCUGGGCCACCCGGAUUUUGAUCGAUCCCGUCACGAAAACGGCAUUCGGCGUGGAGUUCACCAAGAACAAGCGCCUGCACACGGUGCGCGUGCGCAAGGAAGUGAUACUGGCGGCGGGCGCGAUCGCUUCGCCCCAGCUGCUGAUGCUGUCCGGCGUGGGGCCGCGGGAACAUCUGCAGCAGCUCGACAUACCCGUCGUGAAGGAUCUGCGCGUCGGGUACAAUCUGCAGGACCACCAGACACUGUCCGGGCUGGUGUUCACCGUCAACCAGCCGGUAACGAUACGGGAGCGGGACAUGCGCCGACCGGCCCCCCUCCUGAGCUAUCUGUUCGCCCGCCGCGGUCCAUUCACCGUGCCGGGCGGAGCCGAAGGUAUCGCGUUCGUGAAGACGAACAACUCGCGCUCCCCCGAGGACUACCCGGACGUGGAGCUGGUGCUCGGGACGGGUGCGGUCAACAACGAUGAGUCCGGUUCGCUCCGGCACACGUUCGGGAUGACGCGCGAAUUCUACGACCGCUCGUUUGGGUCGGCCCGGGGACAGCACGCGUUCGGCAUUGCGCCGGUACUGAUGCGGCCGAAAAGUCGGGGCCGGGUGUGGCUGAAGAGCCGCAACCCGUUCCACUGGCCCCACAUGGAGGGGAACUUUUUCGACCAUCCGGACGAUCUGGCGACGAUGGUGGAGGGCAUUAAGCUGGCGGUGCGCAUUGGCGAGUCGGACAGCUUCGCCUCGUACGGUGCGCGGCUGCUUGGGACACCGUUCUAUGGGUGUGAGGCGCAUCCGUUCCGGUCGGACGACUACUGGCGCUGCUGCUUGCGGCAGGUCGGUGCCAGCAUUCAGCACCAGUCCGGUACGUGCAAGAUGGGCCCGGCCAGCGAUCCGGACGCGGUCGUCGAUCCGGAACUGCGCGUGCACGGCGUCGGCGGGUUGCGCGUGGUGGACGCCUCCAUCUUCCCGGUCAUACCGGCGGCCCACACUAACGGGGUUGUCAUCAUGGUGGGCGAGAAGGCGGCCGACAUGGUGAAGGACUACUGGAACAAUCACAUACCGUGAGGGAGGAGGGAGGGGGGAGAUAUAUGCUCUUUGCCGUUGCAAGCGGCGCCAAUCAAACUAGUCACGAUGGGUUACAAGUUUAAUUUUAUGUUUGAGGUAAAUCAACGGUACAAUUUAGCAUUAAAGUAAGAAAACAAGAAAAAAAUUAAUAAAGUAUAAAUUAAUAAUUAUAAAAAUAAAUGUGCUUUAAGUCGAAAUUUAUAAUUUUAUAAUCAUGCUCAAGCCAAACUAAUGAAAAAAAAUCAAAUGCGCUGUUUCUUCUUGGGAUUUGAACCCAGGUCCGAUGUGUUGUUAGGUUGAACCAUUGGGAACCAUCUCUUUAAUUGGGCUUUAGAAGCAGAAACUUCAUUUUCCGCCCACAUACAGUAGCAAGGGACUGAAAAAGAGUGAGUAUUGUGUGUUCCAAUUUAAGAAUAGUAAUAAAAAGGUUAAAAAGUAAAACACAAACAAACACUGCCCAAUGAAAUCCCAAUGAAAUCAUCUUUUUCUUCUUGGUGUUCUUGAUUCAACGAACGACGCCGGCAUGCUAGACACGCACAGAAUUGCACGACUUGCUACCAUGAAGUAUAAAAAAGAGACCAAGAUAUGGUUCAGAUGGGAAUCGAACCCGUCCGACAAACGCUGCAACAUUAGAUCGCUCGCUUUUAUUGCCACGCUCACGCGGCAUUUGACAUAAGGGUUAACAAUCUAAGCUUG